AUGGUCUCCUCGAAAGCUCUCGCUUUUUCUUGCGCUGUUCUCAGCUAUUCGGUCCAGGCCAACCCGGUCCUCAAUUCAUCGCUGUCUCCCCGCCAAGAUGGGGGUAUCGCCAGCUGCGAUAAUGAAGCGCAGAAAUACACCGGCGUUUAUACCGAUGGUCAAGGAACCUGGGCGGCUGCUGAUGGCGUCACGCACCCCUACAAGUUUCCCUUGAUCCGAAAAUGCUGGUGGGACUACUUCGUGGUCGAAGCUAUGGAAGAGCUUCUGCCCUGGGAGAAGUCGUCAGGCGAUAUCUACUGCACCGACACGGAGCGCUGUGUCGCGGAGAAAGUCAGCAGCGCCCAGCACUGCCAGGAGCGUUCCGUGGGUAUCAGUCCCAAUAUCGGCGCCUCUAUCGCAGGUAUCACUUUGGGCCUGAGUGUGACCGCUACCAACUCCGAAAGCCGAUGUGUCACGGCUCAAGACGCGACUGCUUGCCAGUGGAACGAUAAGUCCUGCCACGCUGUCUGGACUCAGCAGCAUGUUAUCCGCCAGAAAGGCUACCGCCGCCACCGAUGCGACUGGGGUAAUGGCGAUGAAACUGAAUGCAUGGGUGAUUGGGACCAGGUCACUCCUACUGAUAGGAUUAACUACGGUUGUGGUUCCAAGUGUGAGGAUAGUAACAUCUGUGGACAUACUGACGGCACGCCCUGUCCCUAA